CUUGCUCCCCCUCCCGCCCCUCCUCUCCUCUCCUUCGUACAACCAUGUCUGUCACUCUGCAGCCCUCGACGACCCUGGGCUUCAACCGCCCCCUAACGCAGACCGUGAAGCGCAACCUGACCGUCAUCAACCACAAUGACCAGCCCAUCGCCUUCAAGGUUAAAACGACUGCUCCGAAACUGUACUCCGUGCGACCCAAUUCUGGCCGGAUAGAACCCGGAGAGAGCCUGGAUGUACAGGUCAUGCUGCAGGCUAUGAAGGAAGAGCCUCCAUUAUCCGCCAAAUGCAAGGACAAGUUCCUCAUUCAGAGCACGUUCAUCACCCCCGAUAAAGAGACCCUGCCGCUACAAGAAAUCUGGAACUCGACGGACGACAGCAGCGAAGCUACCAAGGUUCACCAACACAAAAUCAAAGUCGUGUACCUACCCCCAGAAGGGCAGGCCCUCGAGGAGGAGGACGAGACUAACAUGGGCUCAGUCUUGAGCGGCGGCGAAGAUUCACGUCAAUAUACCACUGUUCGCCAACCUUCAUUGAACGGCCGCACGCAAGGCAUCCCCGACUUCAGUAUCGAACACGAGCACAUAGAUGAUGUGAUUGCGCGUUCCAAGACCCCGGCGGAGGACGAGCACGAGACCCGCCACCCCGAGCCGCCGUCGCCUAUCAUCCAGGUUACGCACGCCGACGCCGCCCCUGUGCAGCCGCCAUCGCCUGUCAAGCCGCCGAUGCCUAUCCAGUCCUCGGUCAGCAGUCCCUCGGAAGAAGCGUACAAGGAGCUCCUCCAGAAGUAUAGCGAAGCGCAGCAGGAGCUGCAGCGUAUGCGUGCGCUGCUCGCCUCGAUGCCGGACACGAGCGUCGCUCCCACGAGCGAGGCGCCGACGCUACGCCGGAGGACGCGCCGGCCUUCGGACGCGAUGACGAGCACCACCAUGGCAGGCACGUACACCGGCGAGACCGAGACGGGUUAUGGUGGCACCGAAUACACGCGCACGGAUUACCCCGAGACCGAGACGGGUUACGCGCCGACGACCACCGGGACGGACGUCGAGACCGUGUUCUCGCAGUCGGAGGGCGUGCCGCUCCAGGUUGUCGUCGCCAUCGCAAUCGGCGUGUUCUUGACGACCUACAUGUUCUUUUGACGAACGUUUGCGGGAAUGAAAUCUCAUCGGCACCUGGCACGGUGCUUUGUAUAUCCUGUGGACUCCUAGGUAUUCUUCAGCGUUUUUUCUCGCUUCCCCCGUGUCGAAUAGGGUAUCUAUCUAUAUUCACGCGAUACCGCCAACUAUAUCCGCGCGCUCAGCGCUGCACGUACGACCGAACUUGUCGUCCCUGUACAUAGCUUAAAUACUCGUUUUCUGCGUUGAUUCGCCCUUCCGGCUACGCAACUCCUUGCUUUCAAUGUUAAAGCUGUACACUCAGCAUCGAUGACAGAGUA